GUUGUUGAUGAAAUACCGGUACGUUUUGAUAAUUGUAGUGGUUUUGAACAGAUGGAGAUCCGAAAAUGUGCUGAACCACUAUACUUAGUGGGGGCGAUAACUGGUACGGACGAUGAGGUCGAAAAUUUUCUGGUGUUUGACCUCUGCGUUGAGCCCUAUAAAGAAUCUUGUUUUGUACGUGAACCAAUUAGGUCACGGUAUCAAGCCACUAUAUCUGUACUUGAAUUUCUUUGUGGAGAAGGUUAUGAAGAAAUGUUAAAAAGUUUUGAGUGCUUUUCACACACCCUAACUCGGGCUGAGAUGCUUCAAUGUCAGACGGACGCGGCGAUUGACGCUCGACGGUUGCCCCCAGUAGCUGCAAAUGAAACUGGCGCAUAUGAAGCUGCCUUAUGCGGGUUUGCUUCUCUGCGAAAUUAUAUUGAAUGUGUUAAAUAUCCCGUACGUUAUCAGUGCGGUUACCGUUCGUGGUACGCUUUACGUGAAAUGUUGGUCCGCUUUACCACAGCUCUGUUGAAAAAUUGCAUUAUUGCUGAUGCACGAGAUACUCGAAGUAUUUGGAAUUAUUUUUAUGACAUUGUUGCUGGAAUGUUCUCAGCUGCCACGGAAAAUCUUUGGUCAUAA